GUUGACGAUAGUGUAGUUACUAUUAGAAUUAAAAAAUUUAUAACAAAUCGUUUAUUACGUCGUAGACAAAUGGUAAUCGAUGUCUUACAUCCAAACAAAGCCAAUUUAUCAAAACCUGAUAUUCGAGAAAAAUUAUCUAAAAUGUUUAGUGUCAGUAAAGAUGUCAUCAUGGUAUUUGGUAUGAAAACUGUAUUUGGUGGAGGUCGUUCUACUGGUUUUGCAUUGGUCUAUGAUGAAGCUGAAUUUGUUAAAAAAUUUGAACCUAAACAUAGGCGUGUCAGAGUAA